CUUUCAGUUCAGUCCGCGUUCGGGCGGCACGGCGGGCGGAUGUGUAUUUUCGAUCUGUGAGUUUGCGGAAUAUUUAAAAACAUCGUUCGCAUGUUCGUAAAUUUAUUUCUCACGCAAAAAUGGACGCCGAUGCCCCGAGUGUUAUAUUCGAAUGCAAUUAAAAAGUUACCACCGGACCGAAUGAUUUUAUUCAAUUUGCAGCCUAUUUAGAUUCAAUAUGGCUAAGGUGCGAUCGUAAGUGUGUGUAAACUGAUGGACUAAACUUUCGUACUUCAGUUAAUGAGCCCUAAUUGCGUUUUCUAUCUAAAUCUCUUUAUUAAUCUUUUACUUACCUUUUUACAUUAAAUCUAUUGGUCCAAUCAAGUGACUUAUAAAACUGAUAUCAAACAAAAAUUUCAUAUCAUUAUACUUAUCCCUUUAUAUGCUUUAUGUGUAUAUUAAACGUGGUCGGUGUGUGGACCAAGUUUGGAUGAAUUAAUUGUACAUAUUACUAGUUGUUAAAAAGUGUAUCAUAUUUAUAAUAUAAGUGUAUAGUGUAUAUAUCAGACAUAUCCUUGAGACUUGAAAACGACAACGAAUAUUAUUGAUAUCGAUUCGUAAUAUCAGACUGAUAAAAAUGUCCGUGCCAACAACAGACAGCACCGAAGCAAUCACUAACUCCGGCUAUGGAAGCAGCGACGAAACAGCCAGUCUUUUAGUGUCCGGCCCAUCGGUUACCGUCAUAGUACCCACAGAGAAUAGGACCGUCAAACCGGUCCUUCAAAGACAGGAUUGCACUACGCACUUGAGACCGCAGUUAUCCGGUCCGGGUAGCGAAGAAAGUGCAGCGUCCAUCAGAGUAGAGGACGGUACGACGAGGAGCGUACCAGAUAUAGAACUCCAAUGCCGGGAGCCCGCAGACCGACCUCAGACACUGGUAUCACCUAUUGCAACAUGUUCUCACAGAGGUUCCAUGACCGCUUGCACGCUAGUACCGCACGCGUACGCGAGAUGUCGCGUUUGUGAGAGGAGGCAGUCCACGGCGCCGAUGUCGGCGAUGCAUCUAGCGCGAUCUGUGUCACGUGAAAGCGUUCGCUCCGCGGUUCACUACCCUUGUGGUUGUAGCUCGCUACACGCUGUCAGCACCUGUCCCGUCAUACAACCACCGGCGUUACUGUUGCCAGCGACGAGUACCAGAAUCAUCCGCCAGAGUUCGCAGCCGGAGUCGAGCGCAUGCGCGGCACACUGUGUUCAUUCCCACCACCCUAGCGCCUCACUGCGGCAGCUGAGGGAACCCGGGGACGGCAUUGCUGGAAUAGCUGCGGAUUCUUUACGAAUCAACGGUGGAAUGCGUCCCUUCAAACAAGGCCUGCUCCUGUGCCCACAAACCCUGUCGCAGACUCGCCGGGCGCGGCUCAGGCGCGCAUUCACUGAAGCCACUGGUGACACUGUCAACUACGUUCGAACGGCCUGUACGGGACCACGGAACCAGAUGCCGCAGCUGCGGAAGCCGGUGUCGACGCUUUCGAUCCCCGGCGCUAUGAAGGCGUACUCCGGCGGGAGGGACGCGGCCGGCGAGGAGGCGGGCGUCGCGCUCGUCGGAGUGCACAGCGAGUACCCGCGCUACGGCGAGGAGCGCGCGCUCGGCGGCGGCACGUACAAAGGCGGGGGGGCGGCGAAACACAAACCCAAUAUAGGAUAUAGGUUAGGUAGAAGAAAGGCGCUAUUUGAAAAAAGAAAACGAAUAAGUGACUACGCAUUAGUAAUGGGAAUGUUUGGUAUUAUAAUCAUGGUUAUAGAAAAUGAACUUUCUAGUGCAGGUGUAUAUACAAAGGCGUCAAUAUAUUCACAAGCGUUUAAGACGCUUAUAUCAAUGUCAACUGUGAUUUUACUCGGCCUAAUCGUGGCUUAUCACGCUUUAGAAGUACAGUUAUUUAUGAUAGACAACUGCGCCGAUGACUGGCGGAUAGCAAUGACGUGGCAGAGGAUAGCCCAGAUAGCCCUGGAGCUCGCCAUUUGCGCCGUCCACCCCAUCCCUGGAGAGUACACCUUCACCUGGACCACCAAACUAGCCAAUAAGGGUGGAGUCAUAGGAGUUGAAGUUGGCACAGUGUAUAAACAAAUACAGGUGCCAUAUGACGUCACGUUGUCUCUUCCGAUGUUCUUUCGACUAUAUCUAAUAUGCAGGGUCAUGCUACUCCACAGCAAAUUAUUUACAGAUGCUUCUUCAAGAAGUAUAGGAGCUUUGAACAGAAUUAAUUUUAAUACUAGAUUUGUAUUAAAAACUCUUAUGACUAUUUGUCCUGGGACCGUCUUACUUGUAUUUAUGGUAUCAUUAUGGAUAAUCGCAAGCUGGACACUUAGACAAUGUGAAAGGUUUCACGAUGAAGAACAUGCUAACCUACUCAAUGCGAUGUGGCUUAUCGCGAUAACAUUUCUGUCCGUCGGUUUUGGUGACAUUGUACCAAACACAUAUUGUGGCAGAGGUAUCGCCGUUAGCACCGGCAUUAUGGGGGCGGGAUGUACAGCAUUAUUAGUGACAGUUGCGUCGAGAAAGUUAGAAUUAACUAGAGCGGAGAAGCACGUACAUAACUUCAUGAUGGAAACUCAGCUCACGAAAAAGCUAAAAAACGCAGCAGCCAAUGUGUUGCGGGAAACUUGGUUAAUAUACAAACAUACAAGACUUGUUAAGAGAGUCCAUCCGGGCCGAGUUAGAACACACCAAAGAAAGUUCUUAUUAGCAAUAUAUGCAUUACGGAAAGUUAAAAUGGAUCAAAGGAAACUUAUGGACAACGCCAACACUAUAACAGAUAUGGCAAAGGACCCCUUUCUAUUGCAGACACAAAACACGGUGUACGAGAUUGUGUCGGACAUGAGCACGAGGCAGGACACCAUAGAAGAAAGACUUACUAGUUUAGAAGAAAAAUUAACUUCCUUACAGGAACAAGUGAACAAUCUGCCUGAUGUGAUGGCGAGGUGUUUACAACAGUGCUGGGAGCGGGCCGAGCAGAAACGGAACUUCCUCCAUCCGGACACUGCGGCUGCGCCCACGCCGCCUGCAUCUACUAUAUCUUCAUAUUCUAGAACAUUAGCAACAACAACGCAUCCAUGGCCGGCGAGCCCGGUGCUGCAGUCGGCGGCGAGGACUCACUCAGCCCCCGAGAGUACGAGCGCGCCUCCCGCGGCGCAGGCCUCGAGCCCCGCGCCUCACUCCUCACGGCCUCCCCUACCCAGCUGAGUACCGCCUUCGAACUCCGAACUCCUGUGCUGAACUCGACGAAACUCGGCGCCCGUCCUCUGAUCCCCUCAACACAAUUACGCCCCAAUGAGGCCAUCGGGGAAAUUGUUUCACGAACUUUGACUUUUACACGAUCUCGUUGCACCUAAUACUUUGAAGUUAAAUAAUUUUUUAAACACGGAUUUAGUUUCACUCUUCCCCCAAUUCCGAUGGUGGUGUUCAAGUAUCAAGUUAUGUAACAAGGGAACGAUGUGUCAGUGAAAUAAUUAUCCCGGUAGUCGACGGACCAUGCCGCGGUGCGAGACAAGGUCAGCCGUAGUUUUCUUCGCUGUUCCCCAAAAGUUUCGGAUGUGUCAGACUGUUUUUUAGUGAUAUUGUUUAGGUAGUGAAUGAAAUUAGGCGGAAGGGACGAUAGCGCUGUUGUGAUUAUACAAAAUGCUUUAUUGAUAGACGCUUUAGCCAAUACGUUAGACGAUAUUUUGAAUACAUUAUCAGCGUUUGAAUUAUUAUUAAUCAAUUAGAACGACAUCACCUAAGUAAACCUCUGUUCAAGAUUUGUCUAACAGUUGGAGCGAGAAAACAAUGUUUUUAUCAGCAAAUGUUUUUACUAACAUUUUAUUGUAAAUAGCAUCAUCAAAAUACUUAAUAUUAUAUGAAUACAAUGAAGAAUUUUUAAAACUAAAUUUAAUGUUUUGUAAAUUCUUUGAUGUAACAAAUGAUAACUUUAUAAAUAAAAAAGGUUAACUCCUCAUAAAGUAAAUCAACAGAAUAGAAGAUACGAACAAAAUACUUGCGCAUAAUCUAUAAUCUACACCUAGAUUUAACAAUACUUAGCAGACAAUAUGUAAACUUACCACCUAAAGAAACUAUAUCAUAUAAAAGUAUCUGCAUUACUAAUACCUCCGUUUCAAGUCCUAAAUCUUGGGGCUUGGACUUAGAUAGAGGUCACAUGUUCUAUGGUAUUGUAUACACACCUUUUAGAUAAUAGAUAAAUUGAAUUGUUACUACCUGCCUAUUGACAUGUAGAUUGUAAAACUUUUUUAUAACAUUAGGUAGGUCUUAAUUGGUCAUACAGUGAAAGAUGUCGCGAUGGUCUGCAAAUGUGAACAUCUUGAUUUUGAAGACUUCAAAAAUUUACUUGUGUGAGACGAUCAUGAUGGUUGUGGUAGACCCAGUGACGGUUACUUCAAUCUAUUAAAUAAAUUUUGUAAGACACAAACGUUUUUAAUACGAAGGAUUAACUUAGAAAGCAUUCGCAUUUCUUACCAACCAUCAUGAACUAAUGCGGAAAGGCCUAUUUUCAUAUCACCUCUCAGGUACUAUCAAAUGAGAUAAGUAAUACAAAAUCACUCUUUGGUAAAUUAUGUAGUAAUUUCUGAAUCUACAGAACCGAUUUUGAAAAUUCUCUUACCAAUUGUAAGCCACAUUAUUUGAGUACCAUAGGCUAUAUUUUAUUCCUCGGAAUUACGUGGGAGAAACCGCGGGACUUUUAUAAUACUAGUAUGAUAAUCACACUACACUUAGCUCACUUUAAAAGACCUGUUCGUACUCACUACGGUGCUGUGUUACAUUUGUGGACGCAUCGCGACAUUAUUCCGUACUUUAUGACGAUAUGUAAUUUCCACAUUAUCCGAUAUCGGUAUAAUACAGUGCGUGAGUUUCAUGCAACCAAAAUUAAUAAAAGAAAAGAUUUAUUUAUCAUUCCAUGGAUUCACCGUUCUACCUUGUUGAGGUCAAUUAAGGAGUUAUCGACAGUUAAUUCUAGGGAAUAUAUUACCCUUUGACAAUCUUUCUACCAAGAGAUUCAAAAGCUAUAGCUUCAGUAAUUAUUUGUAUACUUUGGUCACUUAUAGAGAGUUUUAAAUGUUCAGAAAACAUAUCGUUUAUAAGAUUGAGGAACCGUAGAAAUUCAAACUGCGGUCACUAAGAUUUUAUCAAGCGUAAUUAAAAUCAAAGUCAUUCAGAAGCUUUCGGUUAUUAAAUUAAAAUAGAAAGACGAAUUCACAAUGCAUAUGAUCAAUUUAUAGAUGAUUGAAUCCUAUCGGUAUCACAAUUUUGAAUUUGAACACAAUUUAACGCUACAAAACGUACCUAUCGUAUUUUAAUUUAGAAAUAUUAAAGAAUUUAAACUAUCGUGAGUGUUAUUCAAACUCUUAUUAAUUUAUUAUAAAACACGGCUAAAACUCAUGUGAUACAAUGUCGGAGUAUGCUCGACUAGCUUGCAUCGCGGCCGUCAGAUGAAUUUAGAUCGUGCCGAUAUUCUGUUAAUUCACAAAGGCAACAAACUCUCCUGUUAAUACAUAAACUAUAAUAUAGUUGUCUACCGUACUUAUCUAUAGUAGAAGCAUUGGCUGACAUACUUUCAACUUUUGAAGUAAACCGUUUCGCACGCUAGAGUCGAGGACUAAGUUGGUGAUUGCGUUACAAAAAUUGUGAUCGGGCGAUGCAUGCUGCCAUCUACAAGCAUAGUGAAAUGGUGUUUGUUAUUUUAAAUUAUCAGUAGAUGGCGUUUUUAGAGAACUUUGAAACAAUCCUUUCUUGUACACUCUGUUGCAAUGCAGUUAUGCGUGAGGCUCAUAGAUGGCACUUUGUUACUUUUACUUCAGUCGUAUGGUCUACAGUACACUCUUUAUUUAUCACGAUGGUCUGGCUAUCUCUGGCUCUAGAUCUAUAUUAGCAAUCUCCAAUACCGCUAGUUCUGAUAAUGUGGAAAUGCUGUUAGGGUUUAGAUUAAGUAAAGCUUUUUAAUAAGACAUUAAGAUUGAUGGCUGUCUAAAUAGUGCCUAAAACACUACGAAAAUUUCGAUAAUUCAGUUUUAUCUUAACCACUAUGUAUGUAAAUAGAAUACUAAGAUUUGAUAGCGUAAUUUUAAUACUUAAUAAUUUUGUAGCUUGUAUGUGUACGAGUGAUGGGAUCAAUUUCUUUAUGGAUUUUUCAGUUCUUAAAGGAACCCUUAAAUACUUCACUGGUUUACAAUUAAUUAUUAUAAUUAGUUAUACCUACUUAAUACUUACUUAUAAUAAUUAUAACUAUGAAAAGACCAAUAACAUUUCACACAAAGUAAUUAAAUAAAUGAACACAGUUGUAUAAAAUAGGAAAAAAAGAAUACAACUUGUAUAUAACAUGUUGUAUUAGCUCGUUUAUUACAAUUGUACAUUUAACAUACAAAUAUUACUAAGAGCGAUCACCAUAAAUAAUGCACACAGAGUGAAAUAGAACAUUAUAACUACUAAGACUAGGCAGCGUGUUAUCAACUGAGUCGUGAUUGUGAGGCCAUAAAUGUCAACAGCUAGAUAGACGUAGAUAGAUAAUUAAUGAUUGUUGACAUGACGACUCCGUUGAUUACGCUAAAUAUAAUAUAAAAUUACUGUUUUUGACACUACGUGUAGAAAUAGGGAUGCCGGCAAAUGGGAUGAUGGCUGGUGGAAGGCUUCGGCCGUGACUGGUUAUCACCCUAUCGGCAAAGACGUACCGCCAAGCGAUUUAGCGUUCCGGUACGAUGUCGUGUAGAAACCGAUAGGAGUGUGGAUUGUCUUCCUACUCCUAACAAGUUAGCCCGCUGCAAUCUUAGAAUACAUCAUCACUUACCAUCAGGUGAGAUUGUGGUCAAGGGCUAACUGGUAAAGAAUAAAAAAAAAUUAUAAAAAUGAUGCAUGAGAGGGGGGGGGGUGAGUUGUUUAUUAGAGUGAAAGAACGGUCAAACGCACCCAUUACAGCCAAAGCAAAACCAUUUCAAAAUAGAAUACCUACGUGGUAUAUUACUACAAUUUGCAUGUUCGAAAUACAGAUCGUAAUUUUUUCACUCUGAAAAUGUAAUGCAAAAAAAUGCAAAAAAGUAGUGCCCAUUAACUUUACGUUUAAAAAUUGUUUGGAUGUAACUUAAGACAAAAGUAUGACAGAAAAAAUAUGUUAUAACAAUAAUUAAUAACGUUAAGUGUCAAAAACCAGUAAAUGAGUAAAAAUAUUAUACUUGAGACAUUUAAUUUAAUUUCAUAAUUUAUUUAAUAUUUAUGUGACUCAAUUUUCAAUCGCAGUCAAUAGUGCUCAUGUGUAUAAAACUUAAUUAAAAUUUAUUCUACUAAAUCCCAAAUAUGUCUGCGAUAUAUGCAAAUAGAGCUCGGCCGAGGGAAUUUCAAGAACACCACUAAUAUCUGUAAAAUCAAAAACAAAUUAAUUAUUUUGACUAUGGUACUAAAAUUAAUAAUAAAUAAAAAAAUAUUGCACCAAUAUCUUCAUAUAUUUAUAGUACCAUUCAUUAUGUUUGCUCGUUUUAGUUAAACAUUUUUUAAUUUUUAUUGUCUUUAAUCUAUAGAAUUUUAUCUAAGCUAAAUUAAGUAUACAAUUAUAAAAGAAUUUACACAAAGUUACAUUUUCGUAGAAAAUGCCUGUUUUAUUGAGUAUUUUUUAAUCAUAAAUUAAUAUAAUAAAGAAUUGAAUGCCUAAGUUUGCGCGAAGAACGAGUAAUUUAGCUAUAGAAAAAAUUCCUAUUAGCAGUUCGAUUUGAAACACCAAUUAGAAUAUUUAGGUGUACAAUUUAAUAUCUUUUAGGUGUUACAUGUUUUUAAAAUUUUAUUAUUUUUGAAUUUAUUGUAAUUAUUAUAAUAUAUCCACAUGUUAUUCCCUAAGCCUUGGUGUACCUACUUAGUGUAUUAUUACAACCUUUUAUUGAAAAGGAAAAAUGUUUUACUGUUAUUUUUGCAGUAUUAAUAGAUUAUUUGUUAUUUUUUAUCUAAGUAGCGUCAGGACCGAGUAUACAUCUGUAAAGAUAAAAAUUAAUUUUUGACUUAUUUUAAGGAUUUCAGGCUUCGCGGAUUCACAAUAAAUAUUACAGACAGACAGACGAGACAGAGGUAUUUGUUGUAUAGUAUGUAUGUAAUAAAUACCGGAGAUUUUAUUAUUAUAAAAUGUAUUAUACCACCUGUUAUGAUAAUUUUGUAUUACUAAUGAACAUUUUUUUUAUUAUUUAAUGACAAGUUAGUACUUGACUGCGAUCUUACCUGAUGAUAAGUGAUGUUGCAGUUUAAGUUGGAAACGGGCUUACUUAGAAGAGGCACAAGAUUAUUCAACCCCUACUAACCCGAGCUGUGAUUCGAAGUCAGAACCUCUCUGUUGAGAACCACAGAACGCCUAACUGCGCGGUCGUCAAAAACAUAACUUGCACCGAACUGUCCAUGUAAUUUUGGUAAUAAUAUAUGUAUGUAAUUUUUGUUUACUGUAAUUGAUUGAAACUCUUGUCAUUAUCAUUUGAACCACCAGAAAUAAAGGUAUAAUGACCGCGUUUGAAACCCUCUUAACUUUAAUUUCAUAUUUUUUACUUUACUUUCAAAACAUAACAUGACAUUUUGUGUCAAGUGCUUGUAAAAUAAGCCUACUUUAAAUAGUAGCGGAGCCGAAAAGGAAUUUUUUGCAAUUACUCGAGCGUGGCAGUUGAACAUAAGAGAGCUUGCACGUUGUUGAGUACCUUAAUAUUGGUGGGUACGUUUAGACAACCAAAAAAAUAAAGUGACUUCAAAAAUACUCAUCCAGCACGUCAGAUAAGGAUAAAGUGGAUUAUUUGAUAGCUAAAAGGUGUGAAUUUCGAAAUUGUAACGAUUUUACUGUAACGUAGUGAAAUAGGAGGGUUCAAAAAUUACACGCGGUUAAUUUUUUACUUAUUUUGAAGGAAAUAAUUUUAAAAAUAUUCGCUAAUAUUUUCUAGAAAUUCCAGUAAGUCGAAGUAAUCAAAAUUGUCUUUAUAGUCUGCAGUUUUUUUCCCACCGCUGAAAGCGAAAAAGUACACAUAACCAUUUAUAUUUCCUAUCAUCUAAUCUACCAAAUCUAAUCGGUCCUCAUGACGCUUUCGUAACUACAAAUUUAGCAUCCCGGGCUACUCUACUAAAAUAAAUUAAUUUUGAAUUUGUUUUACGGACGUACACUAUCUUUUGUGAAUCCUCAUUACAUUUUAAUUUUUUUAAUAAAUAUGUCUUGCUAGUCAUUUAUAUUAAUUUAUUUAUAUAUUUAUUAAAAUUGUUAUGUUCAGAGGAAUGAGCAUUUACGAAUUGUUAAAAGCCAAAAAUCUUUAUUUUCAUUUAAUUGUUUUAAACCAUUUGUUUCUUUGUUUACUACCAUUAAAAUAUAAAUUAAUACAUUUAUUUGUAAGAUGAAUUGACCAAAAGUUGUUUAAGAUUGAUUAACAUAGAAUUUGUAACAUAGUAUAUGAUAAGUAAAAUUUAUUAAGGAAAAAUUAUGUAAAAAGAUAACUCUGUAAAAAGUUGUAUUUGCGAAUUUUAAUGUAAAUAAAUAUUAUGGAUGAAAAUAUGUUUCCAUUAAAUUAUUUUUAAAUAAAUACCUAGGUUCAAAUACUAUAAAUUGUUUUUAGUUUUAUGCGAGUGGUGUAAUACCUAUAUGCGGUGCGUAAAUAGAAGAAAUGAAACUUUUGUGAUCAUUGUUAAUGAAAUGAAAGUGUAACUUCGAUUAUAUGAGCUGUAGUAUUUUUUAAAA